UGGAGGGAACUGGUUUUCAGUCGUCCCCCGCGCUCCAUUUCCUGUGUUCAGUAUCUCUCUCUCUCACUCUGGCCUCAGUCUCCGUCUUCUUUUGGUCUCGGUCCCUGGACGUCUGACUGCCAAGGCGGGCGCUGCUCGGUCAUGGCCAAGCUGUUGGUGCUCACGGUCCUGGGGCUGGCUCUGGCGUUCGUGGGUGAGAGAUUCAUGGCCUUCAGACAAAAGAUGAAAAUCACCCACUUAGUGCACCCAGCAGAACCUCCCAGCUGCCGCUUAAUCGAAGGACUAGAGAAUGGCUCCGAGGACAUUGACAUCUUACCUAGCGGGCUGGCCUUCAUCAGCACUGGGCUAAAUUAUGAAGGUAUGCCCUGUUCAGCACCUGAUAAGCCUGGAGAAAUCUUCCUGAUGGACCUGAAUGAGAAAGAGCCAAGGGCCAGGGCCCUGCCAAUCAGGAAUGGGUUUGAUGUGCAGUCAUUUAACCCACAUGGGAUCAGCACCUUCAUUGACAAAGACAAUGUCGUGUACUUGUAUGUGGUGAAUCACCCUCAGAUGAAAUCCACGGUGGAAAUCUUUCAGUUUGAAGGUGAUUCUCUGUUCUACCUGAAAACCAUCACGCAUGAGCUGCUUUCAAGUGUGAAUGACAUCGUGGUUCUUGGACCAGAACAAUUCUAUGCCACCAAUGACCAUUAUUUCACCAACUACUUCUUAAGACAACUGGAGCUAUACUUGGACUUACAGUGGACAAACGUGAUUUAUUACAGUCCGGGUGAAGUCAAAGAGGUGGCCAAUGGCCUUAGCUUUGCUAAUGGAAUCACUGUUUCCCCAGACAGGAAGUAUGUCUAUGUAGCUGCAGUGACCUCUCACAGCAUCCAUGUUAUGAAAAGACAUGACAACUGGAGCCUGACUCAAGAAAAGGUUCUCGAUUUGGGCAUAUUAGUUGAUAACUUAUCUGUUGACCCUGCCACGGGUGAUGUUUGGGCUGGAUGUCACCCCCACGGCAUGAAGCUGGUGAUGUAUGACCCUGCAGACCCCCCUGGAUCAGAGGUGCUUCGCAUCCAGAACAUUCUCUCCCAGAAGCCCAACGUGACCAUAGUCUAUGCCAACGAUGGCUCCGUCCUCCAGGGGAGCACAGUUGCUGCUGUGUACAAUCAAAAAAUGCUAGUGGGUACAUUGUUCCACAGAACGCUGUACUGUGACCUCUGACCCAGUCUCUUACAGCCAGAAUUCCUUGCUGGGUAAAUUAAAGAAAAGAGAGGCCUGGCCUUCCAGGCAAAGAGUAGUAAAUAAAAACAAAUACCAAAAACCUG